AAAAAGCUCACCCAAAAUGCAUCGGCUCGACUAGGAAGAGGUGAAUAGUUGACAUUUCACAGCUGACAGACAUGGCUAAUAGCUUUGUUCUGAAAUUGUUUCGUCCCUCUGCCUUGACAUUGUCUGCGUCUCUCCGGGCAGCUCGUGUGUUUCGGCGGAGCUCGGCGGCGGCAGGAGGGACCAGACUUUGCUCCAGCGAUGAAAGCGAGAAAAUCAGCCGCUACCCAGUACCCUACAGGAAAGACCUGCCGUAUGAUAUAGUGGAACUGAUGGGGGAAGUGGAGGCAAAGGGAGGCUUUCUGCCCAAUGUCUUCAAAGCACUGUCCCACAGACCAGCAGAGUUCAGAGCUUUCUUUGCUUAUUACAAUGAACUGAUGAACAAGGAGACAGGCGGGUUAACCAAAGCAGACCGUGAGCUGAUUGUAGUGGCCACCAGUAUCCACAACAAGUGUCUGUACUGCGUGGUGUCCCACAGUGCACUGCAUCGCAUCUACUCAAAGAAUCCCACUCUGGCUGACCAGGUCAUUGUGAACUAUGAGAAUGCAGAGCUGUCUCCUCGGCAGCGCGCCAUGCUGGACUUUGCCUUGGCUGUGUGUCGCAGCGACACCAUCACUGAGCAGCACUUCCAGUCCUUGGAGGAAGUGGGCUUUGACCGUGAGGAUGCCUGGGACAUUGGUGCCAUCGCCUCUUUCUUUGCCAUGUCCAAUCGGAUGGCCCACCUCACUGACAUGAGGCCCAAUGCUGAAUUCUACAUUAUGGGCCGUGUACCACGGGACAAAGGAGAGGGCAAAUGAAAACAAACUACUGGAGCAACUAACAUAAUCAGCCAAGAGCCAGAAAUGACACUUUGCUACAUUCACACUGCGGCUGAAAGUGGAUCAGCUCAGAUUUUGUGUCCCCCUCCUAGGUGACACGGUGGCACUACAUGGACAUAUGGUACAGAAUAGUGUCCUGAGGCAUGUGACGCACAUGCAUCUGGUAUUUGAAUGCUCAAAUCACAAUUUAUCAGCCUUGCCAUGACUGUAGGCAAAUCUCACGUCAUUCAUUUGAGAACUUUGUCAUAAGUUUGGUGACGACAGCAGCUUGACAGAGUUAGCUUGGGGGACCAUGAAUCACAACAAUGGAAAGCUGAUUUGAUUGGUUUUUGGGAAGACGCCUCAUUUUAGUCAAAACUUCAAGGCACAAAUGUCUCACAUUUACUUGAAACAAGUACUGACAUAGUUGUCUUUUUGACAUUGCUGUCAGUUCAUAAAAUAUCAUAGGGAUUGCAUCCUCCAAUCAGUCAUUGAUUGAGAAUAGAUAUGAACAUUCAUAAAAAAAAAAAAUCAGAUUUCUGUUGCACUUGGAAAUGCAACAUAAAGGACUGCAGUGUGAAUGUAGUGAGCUGUAGAGUUCCUAAAGCUUUUUCCAUUAUCCUUACAGAUGAAUGGUUUAUCAGUCUCACCGUUCAACAUCUCAUUGAGCAGAAGAAGAGGGGGAGAGAAAACUUUUAAAUGAUGUGUGCCUUUCAGUGUGUCUGUUCUCCCUUCCUCUUUUCCUGGGUAGGAGAGUUUUCAGAGGUGGCAUAACACCAGUGUCUGUACAGCAUGUAUCUAAUGUAGUCAGUCUGUUUUUGUCAAAGGAAUACUGUGACAUUUUUUUUUUUUUUUUUUUUUUUUAAUUUUAGUUGGCUCCUGUUCUUCAUGAAUCUCUUGUCCCAUUGUGAUGGUAAAAUUUUCUUUUUGUCAAACUAGUUGUCCUUUAGCUUCUCUGAAAAGUGUUUUGUUAACAUGUAAAAACAAACAUCAGCCAAAACUGAAAUUCACCUUCCUUGCAUCUGGCAGCCAAUGUGUACAACUAAAGUUGGGUAAUUUUUUAAGGAGCACUGCCUAGAUAAUCCUCAUUUUUGUUUUUCUAAAUAGACUAUAUAUUUUUCAUUAUUCAAAGUAAGUUUCAGUUCCCUCUUUACCCUCUUUAACAUUCAGAGAUUGAGGUAAUGUGACAAUAAGUCAUUUUAUUUUGAAAGCUUUAUCUGAUGUACAGCCCUCUGUUGGUAAAGACAAAGAA